ACAACCAGUACUGCAAGAAUACAUCCAUCAUCACAUCAGCAAGCAGAUACAUCCAGCUAGAAGCGAUGUCGACAUUGAGCUCCUACACCCUCCUGAGCCGGGCGGCGCCACUGCCGGGAAAAAUCUCUCCCGCAGUAUUGCAGCCGCGCAAGCAACUGGCGGUGGCGUCGGUGGCUCUCCCUUGGGUUAAGCAGUCUCGGGCUCCUCUCUUCGUGUGCCAUGCCCAAAAGAACACCUACAACAUCCAACCCGGUGCCCUGGUGCACCCGAGUCCCACAUCGGACGGCGACAACUGGAGGAUCACGGAGGACAAGGACCACAUCAACCUCAAGUUCAACGUGGGGGAGUCGACGAGGAAGGACAAGCUGGAGGUGGCGACGGCGGACCAGGUGCUCCUGACGGUCAGGUACACGGGCAGCCGCGACGAGGACAGCCUGGCGAGCGAGCUGGACGCCCGCCUGCUGAUGCCCCUUGGCUACGACGGCAAGAAGGUGAAAGCGGCCAUCGUGCCCGGCGGCUGGCUGCAGAUCACCAUCGCCAAGCCUAAGCAUGAAACCGACAAGAUAGAAAUCUCCGAGUAAUUAAGAAGACCCAUCGUCGUCGCCUCUAAUAAUGAUUGACUGAUGCCGAUGUGAUCAGUGUAAUGUAUGGAUGUGUGCUCUUCUAGCUUCUGUUAUGUGCGAAUAAUGUACGUACAAGCAGUAACGUUACAACUAUACGUGUAGCUUGUACGGUUAUGACAGCCAAUGAACUAAUUGAUCUUGAAGUCCGAUGUUUGAUCGUUA